AUGAGUUCCACGACGCUUCCAGUCGUCCCUAUCGACUCUCGUAAGGUCGUGAUCGAAGGCCUGGAGAAGAUUCAGGAUGCCAAGCAGAUCAACUCGACAGGAACUUCAGAUGGCGAGAAAACCUCAUCGACAUUCUCCACGAUCAUGCACGGAGACCAGCCGUUGUCUGAGCUGUGGACUCGGAUCGCAGACUGUGGCUUCCACAAGCCCGUCGUGAUUAAUACCCACAACGCCCGCUACCGAGAAGAUGAACACUUGCGCGUCGUGAGUGACCACGAAGAGGUUGUGGUUGUCGCAGACGACCAGAUGUCAACAAAGAAUACGAUCAGGAUCACGGAAUCACUUAUUUCACACGCGAAUGCGCACCAUGGCGAACCGAUUGGCUUCAAUAUCACCCCGCUUCCUUCCUCAAAGCGCGCAAUUGAAGCCAACUGCGGGUUCCACAUGUCCCUUGAACGGACUCCUAGAAUGCCAGACGACAAUAAGCUCCACCAACUGCCAGGUUCACUGGGAAGUUACGACUUGUUCAGCGUAGAGUCCUACGCGGAUCGAUUACCGAAUGAGAUCAGAGAUAGUGGCGGCGUUUUCUUUCCCAUGUGGCAGAGGGAAGCUAUGUGGCUCAACUUUGAGCCGACGAAACGCAAGUGUGCUGUCCGCAUCUUUAUGGGCCAUGUCAACGCUAUUUCUGGCCUCACAAUGGAAGAGACCACAAAUAAUGAAAGCGAAGAGCUCGAGCAGGACUACAUCGUCAUACCCGGUCAGCGAUGGCUAGACGGUAUCUGUGUAGCGCCUGGCAUUGUUCGACAGUUUGUUGCUAUGCCACUUGGGUCUGGGUACACUGUCGAAGGCCAAAAGACAUCAAAAGAGCAACACGGCGGACUUCAACUUCAGAUCACACCCGAAUGUGUGCCGCAGCAACGUCUAUGGUCGUACAGUAAGAAAACCUUCCUUAAAAGGUACGGCCAAGGCCUUCUUGACAGUCUAUAUGAGACCAUGACCCCUCAACAGCUACGUUGCAAUCUCGGUGAUGUCUUGAGAUCGUACCCGGCCGAUCGUGCCUCUGAGGAGCCCCUCAAGAUAAAGCAUCUCGCAAACUCGAGAGAAACCAUCACGUGCACGGACAUAUACAAAGACCCCUACCCACCCGUGGCAUGGAACCACGCGGCAGCGCGCAUCCUCCACAUCCAUAUCCUCGAUCCAGUCAGCUGCGAACAAGUAACGCACAUUGUUCCGACUCCACCUUCCACCGACGUCAAGGCAUAUACUGAGGCUGGUGGCAAGUAUUUUGUUGUUGAAGAGAAGGUAGAUGAGCGCCUCGAUGGAGGUGACUUCGACAACGUGAAGAGUGUUGGUCAGAUGGACCAACACAUCGGUAUUAGCACUGAACCAGAGUUCGACCCAACGAAACCAAAGAUUAUCCGCCCCUGCGACCACCAAUUCUGCAACAUAUGCAUCAAGCGCAUCGAGCAGAACAGCGACGAAGAUGUGAACUCGGCGCGCAGAAACUGGAAGUGUCCAACUUGCGACAGUGUUGUUUCGCACGUAGCGGGCUUUUCUGCCCCGAUGAAUCUACCAAGCGAAGAGCCGUUGCGCAUCAAGGUUCCUGUCAAUGUGCUCAAAAUCGAAGAUGGGAGGAUAAGGUUUACGAGUGUGCAGAGGAGUAGGGUUUAG